AUGUCUGCAUCCAACCCCGCUCUCGACGCCAUUCGCGUCGCUGAGGGCCUUUUCGAUGCGAGCGUGCGCGCGGGCGCGGCCCCGGACGUUCUUGCUGCGUGUUAUGCGCAGCAGUGCGGCGUCGUCCGCCAGGCUCUCUCGCAAGUCUCGAGCUUUUCGGCGCAGAGGGCUGGGGAGUUGCUCAACGCCCUCGCGGGCAGCACGUUCCCGUUGCAGCAUCGCGUGGAACUGACCAGUGCCAUUAACGCCCUCGUUGGAGCAAAUGCUUUCGCGGAUAGUCGCACGACUGGCCAGGUGAACGUCUUCGCGCAGAAUUAUUCAGCAACCUGCGGCAAGUCCCGCCGCAGUUCAGGCCUCACCCUGGGUGGCAGUUGUUCGAAUGACGGCGACGAUGCCUGCAGUGGUCAUGUCGACGACGAUAAGGAGUGGACCUUGCUCGGCGACCCCUGCCUCGCUGGUAGCCGGAAGCUCCAGAUCGUCGUAGGCCGCUUUCGCGACCUGGGCCUCCUAUAUCCUUCGGAGCAGACCUGCACCCACGUGAUCGCAUUCUUGGCGGAAGCGAUCUUGCAGAGGCAGCCCGAUCCGGUGGCUCCUUCCUCAGCAGCAGUCAUCGCGCACACCAACGACUUCAAGUCUCUGAUGCGGGCGGUGCGCAAGAACGUGCCUUCGGGGAACGUCCCGCGGGUCUACCCAGAGAACCCGAAUGAGCUCGAAAGGACUCAUCCAGAACUAUUCCAGAAGGCAUUCCCUGCAGACACGCGCCCAGUCUUCCCGAGCCCCGUGGACUCGUUAGGGGUGGAGUUGCUGCGAAGGGGGCCCCCUUGCCGGAUCAGCCACAGCUCGAUCAGCGCCCCGCGCCGUGCGCGCCGCGCGCCGAGCGGCCUGCAGGCAGCGCUGCUGGACCAGGCGGCCACUGCGGGCGGCGAGCUGCCGGGCUUGACUAUAUGCAGUCGCCCGCAAGCCGCCGCCCGCGCCGGCGGGUUGCUCGCGCUCGCGGACGGCCUGGCACACCCGGCAGCCGCGGGAGCCAGGCAUCCGCGGCUAGCGAGGAGACGGCGCCUGCAGGGCCCCUUGCAGCUCCUUGCGAAGCGGCGCCUGCAGGGGGUCGCCGCGCGUGCGCCUGCCGACGCAGCGGCCAACGCCGACAGGCUGGCGCGUUUGCGGGCUCGCGCGAAGGACUCCUCGGCGCCGAACGGGGCGCCUUCGCCCAAGGGGAAGAAUCGCACGGGGAGCCAGACCCGCUCGGGCACGAAGAAGGCCCUGAAGCGGCCGGCCGCUGCGAAGACCGAGGCUUCCCCGGCGAAGAAGGCCAGGCGGACCCCCCCGGCGCAGAAGGGCGCGGCCGCGCGGGCGGCCGCCGCGAAGACCGAGGCAGUGAAAAAGGCCAGGCUGACCCCCCCGGCGCAGAAGGGCGCGGCCAGGCGGGCGGCCACCAGCUUCCCAGGGGUCCCCAAGCGCAAGACCGAGGCGACUUGGAUUGGCGACUACAGGGUGUACAGCGACGUCACGAAGCAGGCGUGGCGCGCGAGGAAGCCAGGCCACAGGCAUGACGCCUCUUUCAGCUGGAAGGCGGACCCCCGCAAGGCGUGGAGCUCGCUCGUGGAGUUCACGACCGAGUGA